ACUGCGAACGACGGGCGAUGAUGCGUCGGUCGGAGAUGAAUGAAAACACGUUGGCGUGGAGAUUGGAGCAUAGAGCGUGAAUUCUACUACCGAGUGCUUCCAAACGUCUCGUGCUUUGUUAUUACGAAAAAUACACGAAUAAUUAUAAAGGAAACUCUACGCCUUUUCAAACGGUUUUCUACGAUUGUGAUUUGUGUUGCAACGUCAGCCGCAACGCCGACGUGGAGAAAACACAUUAGUCAGCACGUGACAAGCUGCGCUUCGUUUGUCCAGUAGUUCUUUUGAUAACAUCCCUUGAAUGGCUUUGGAUGCAGGAAGGAUGAAUCUGGGUGGAACCAAACUUAAAACUAAACUGCCAACGAUACCAGGCACUAAACCUUCAUUACGGAAUUCGCAAUUGCUCAUUUCAACAGGAAUCCCUUCUUUAGACAAUACGAUAGGCGGAGGUUUACCUAUUGGUUCGAUAUUGUUAAUUGAGGAAGAUAAGUAUGGCUUCUACGCUAAAAUUGUACUGAAAUAUUUUAUGUCGGAGGGAGUAGUGGUGUCUCAGCCUAUAUUGAUUGCAUCUCAAGAUGUCCAGCCUUCUCAACUUGUGUUAGAAUUGCCUACAGUUACAGAUGACUCGGAGAAGCAUACUAAAACAACUAAUGAUAAUGUAGAGCCAAUGAAGAUAGCUUGGCGAUAUCAGAAUAUGAAGAUGGUAGAUCCAACUCCAAUGGGAGAUCAGACAUUCGGUCAUUACUACGAUCUCACAAAACCGAUGCAGCGGGAUGUCUUAGAACGUGCUGACAUUAAACAAUGGCAAUAUAAUGAGGAAAUGACACUGAAUGAGAACAAUAAAUUUAAGAAUGCUGCAUAUACUGAUUUGUUAUAUACAGUAGAAAGAACCUUACGUGAUGGACAAUAUUAUCUCUCUGAAGCGCCAGAUCAGAAAAAAAUUUUAAGAAUCGCGAUUCAUUCUCUGGGAUCAAGAUUAUGGCUCAACGACACAGAAAAAGAUUCGAAUAGCGAUCUGUUAAAGUUCUUAUAUUGUUUUAGAGCACUUUUAAGGAAUUCCUAUGCGGUCGGCGUAGUCACAAUACCAAUUAAUAAUUUUGACAACACAGAUAUUGUUAUUGAAAGAACUGAGCAUUUGUCAGAUAUAGCGAUCGGAUUAGAAUCGUUUGCAGGGUCCACAAAAGAGAUCAAUCCGUUAUUUAAGGAGUAUCAUGGUCUUUUGCACAUUAAGAAAUUGUGUGCAUUAAAUGGCUUCUCACACGGCUGUGUACAAUACAAAGAUUUAGUAUUUAAAUUACGCCGUAAAAAGUUUCUCAUAGAAGUUUUACAUUUACCGCCCGAAUUUGCUGAUACAUCACAACGGGAGCAAGAUGAAUCAGUAGCUGGUACAGGAUGCGCAAGUGGUGGAUCUCAUAAAAGUGUACUUGAUUUUUAAAAUCAUGAAUGUUAUAUGAAAUCAAAUACGAUACUUUUAAUAUGUACAGUAUUUUCAUAAUAUUAAAUAUUUAUUUUGUUAAAGUAAAAAGUUCAUUAUUUCAA